AUGGACAGGUUCCUAUCCAAUAGAUUUCAAACUUUGGAAACUCUAGCGGGACUAAAGGGUACAACAGCGGCGAAAGCUCCAAAGCACCAACCCGCACGACACCACCAGGAAGCUGGCACUAAAAGGCUAGGAGCCUUUCAGGCAAGCGUGACCAAGUUCAUCUGCCAAAUGUGCCAAACUAAUGAGCACAAGUUACGCAACUGUCCACAAUUCCUCAACAAAACACCUGCUGAUAGAAUCGAUUUUUUGAAAGGCAAAAAAUGGUGCCUGAAUUGUCUUAGUACUGGACAUACUGUGUCAAGAUGCACAAACCCAUUUAAUUGUAUCAAGUGCCACUCGCGACACAACACGCUCCUUCAUAUUGAGACAGCUCAAACAAAGGCAACGACACUUGGGACCUCUUCAGAUUCUGCGACUAAUUCUGCGUCAACAUCCAAUCAGGCCCAAGCCAAACGCAAUUCAACAAAAUCAAACAAGCAUACAAGCAAAAACGUGAAGUCUUGCUAUGCGAAUACAAACACAGGUGUGUUAUUAGGGACAGCACGCGUCAACAUUUAUUUCAAUGGUACGAACUAUUCCGCUAGAGCACUUAUUGAUUCUGGUUCAGAGUGUUCUUUCAUCACUGAAAGACUAAAACGCAGAAUUCACCUGCCGUCAAAGCGUAUGCAUGCCCAAGUUUCGGGCAUCACUAAUACAACUACGGCGCAGGUUAAAGAAGAGUGCAACAUCGAAUUGCGGUCUCCUGUUGACCCAUUGUUCCGCUUAAAUACCUCAGUGCUCGUGCUAGCACAACUGACUGGAAAUCUUCCUACUUGCCACAUUAGUGCAGUGACUAAGCAAGCAUUUCCAGAUCUGAUUCUAGCGGAUAAACGAUUUUUCGUGAAUGAACCCGUAGACCUUGUUCUGGGUGGCGACAUAUAUCCACAAAUUAUUCUGAGCGGGCUUAAGAAGAACAUAUUAAACACACUUCUAGCCCAAGAAACAGUAUUUGGUUGGAUAAUAACGGGGCGAACUGAUACCACGAAUCCAGGAACGAAUAUCGUCUCAUACUACAGCGAAGUAAGUCUGGACAAGCAACUGAGUGCCUUUUGGGAGCUUGAGGAGAUUCCAAGGAACAAAAGCCCUAAUGAAGACGACAAGUACUGCGAGGAGCUGUAUCAGAAGAAAGGAAGGAAAAUACAUCGUGUCACUACCAUUUAG